CUAAUUAGGAUUUUAGCUCUCCUUCAUAACCUAUACAAUCUUUUUCUUUUCAAUUUCUAAGUCUAGUUACAGAGCUUUUUUGGGGGAGAGAUGUCAGCUGCAAAACUAAGAAGAGAAGAUGUUACAUUCUCGGAUAUGAUCAGUAAUUUACCAGACGAUUUGCUCUUGCGAAUUCUCUCAUUAGUCCCAAUAAGUGAGGCAAUGAAUACAAGCUUACUCUCUAAACGAUGGGAAUCUCUAUGGAAGAUGACACCAGUACUUAAAUACGUUGAAAAAUCUUGUCCGAACAUGACUUGCCAAGGAUUUGUCGAGUUUUGCCGCAGGUCGUUGCAAUUACAUGAAGCUCCGGUUCUCAAAACCCUAAUUAUCAAACUAAAGUUACAAUCUGUUCCACUUAUACUCCCAAGUAGUUUUCCUGAAACAGUCUUCCAAAAACUGGUCGUCCUGAAACUCCACGCGAUCAGGUAUCUUGUAUUUGAUGAUUCACCACCACGAAAAUACUUUUCAGCAGGUAAACCAUCGGUUUGUUUCCGGUCCCUGAAAGGUUUGCACCUCACACGUGUGGGUUUCCUUGAAGAACAAUCUUUCUGCAGGCUAAUCUCGGCUUGUCCUCUUCUUGAAGAUCUCUUCUUGGAUACAGUUAGAACUUGCGCACCCAAAACUAUUUUUCUCCCCCCUCCUCAAAAGAGACUCGAGAUAAGCACUCCUUGUUUGAAGUACUUAAAGAUCAAAAAUAUCACUGGUCGUCUCAUAUUUACUAAUGCUAUGCCUAAUUUGGUGGAGGCUACCCUUGAAGUUGAUCCUUCUCAAACUAAUGGUUUUCUCAGAAUUCUUACUUCCGUCGAGUUUCUUUCGAUAAAUUUAUAUGCUGAUGAGGUUCUGCUUCUUGCCGAUAAAAUUUAUCAGCGGCUUCUUCAUCUAGAGCUAUGUAUUUACGGCAAAAUUUCGCGUAAUAUGUUAUUGCAUUUGCUCAAACAUUCCCCUAAAUUACGAGUUCUCAAGCUUCAGGAGAUACAUGAGAUGCUAAUACAGCCUUUACCGACAGAUACAUAUGGGUUGUGUUAUUUAGAAAAGUUCAAUGAUCCACCACCUUCGUUCUGUAAUCCGAGUUCGGUUCCUGACUGCUUGUCAUUCUGUCUAGAAACGUUUCAAUGGACACGCUACAGAGGAACAAUGGAAGAGAAAGAAGUCGUUCGUUACAUCCUGCAGAACGCUCGUUGUUUAAAAACCGCUUCGAUCUCUGUAUCUUCAGACGGUCGGCGAUACAAGAAGAAAGAGCCACUGAUGAUCAAGGAGUUGAAAUAUAUGCCUAAGGCUUCAACUUCAUGUAUGCUUGUAACUCGACGAUUUACCUUGGAUUUCUUUUUUUGUUUUAGCUCUCACACACAACUACAAUUCGAUGCGAGUCCAAAGAUGCAAUGUUCUUACAUGAAACUGAAAUAAAACGGAGGAGUUUCUUUGGUUGCA